UUUGAAAAUAUAUUUUAGAACUGCCUCAUUUCCCAAUUUACACAAUCUACCAAGCCAAGCAAUUGCCUGUUCAAAAUUAUAGAAUUUUUGCAAUAUACCUAUUGAGUAUCGAAAUGAAUUAUUUGAUACAACGCGGUAAGGUGCGCCAACAGGCGAUAAAUGUGCCGGAGGGUCUGCCAGAACUUCUAUCUGAUAUUACUCGCGAGGUUUUAAGGUGCCAACCGACGAAGGAGUGUCUCUGCCAGUUCAUCAUUGAUUAUCUCCACUCUGUUAUUGUGACCAGGGAAAAGGCUUUGGUGGCCAAGACCAUUUUGGAAAGGGCUCUUCGCCAAGUGGACAGCAUAAUAUCGGAUCUCUGUGUAUGCGAUCUGUCCAAGGAAAAGUCCGAGUUGAUGGGCCAGGUUUUGGAGGACUGUUUCCGCAACUUCCUCGAAAAGCGUCGCUGUGAGAUGCGUCGCGGAAAGCAGGCGAUAAACUUCGAGGACGUGGACAUCCUGGAGGAGCUGCUGCUGAAGUGCAAGUUCUCCGAUGAGGAACUCAGCAUGUCGCGUCCAGCGAUCGAAAGUGCCUACAAGCGCUUCGUGGAGGCCUACAUGUCAGCGGAACGAGGCGCCGAUGGAACCGAGCUGCUUUACCAGUACUUCCGAGAUCGGGAACUAAAGCGAAUUAAUGAGGCGAUGCGCGAAAAGGCGGCCAUCACAAUUCAGUCGGCGUGGCGUGGAUACUGGGUGCGCCUCCAGUUCCCGCAGGAAGUUUGCAUCUGCACUUGCGCUGAUAAGAAAGAGGAUGACGAGGAAGAGGAGCGAAGGCAGCGGGCAGCUAGUAUUAUUCAGAGAUUCUUCCGCAAGGUCAUGUUGCGUGCUGCCACCAAACCCAUCGCAGAUCCUUGUGCGGAACCUACGGAUGCAACGGAGCCUUCAGAGGCCACCACUUCGCCGGAUGCAACGAAGAGUGGCCUUACUGAUGUGGAUAUAACGACGGCGAGCUCUGCUCCCGGAGCAGCUUCCGUUCCUGCAACAGCUCCUGCCACUGCUCCUGCCACAGCCCCUGCAACAGCUCCUGGAACUGCUCCUGGAACUGCUCCUGGAACUGCUCCUGGAACUGCUCCUGUAACUGCCAAAACAUCGGAGACCGGUUUGGCAGAGCCAGAAGUACCGCCUGCUGAAGGUCCACCAGCGGAAGAACCAAAGGCAGCCGAAGCUCCUGUGGAGGAGGCACCACCUGCUGAUGCGGCUGAAGAGCCUGCAGCAGCACCACCGGCAGAAGAAGCGGAACCACCACCACCACCACCUCCCGAAGAAGAGGCUGCACCACCGCCCGCUGAGGAACCCGCUCCACCGGAGGAAGCCGCACCACCACCCGCCGAAGAAGCACCCGCUGAAGAGGCAGCCGAGUAGAUUCAACCACACUACAUUUAUUAGUUAUCUCUUAGUUGUUAAAUUGAUUUUGCCAGCAAGUGAGUAAAUAGAUCUGGAAGGGCUUAAGUCCACAGCCCUUGCUAUUCCA